AUGCUGUGCCUUCUCAUUAUUUUUAUAGUUGUUCUUUUUUUCUCCUAUCGUUUAUAUCAACAUUUUUUUCCAACACCAAAUAUUAAUCCUAAUGGUAAAUAUGUUCUUAUUAGUGGUUGUGAUAGUGGAUUCGGUAAUGGAUUAGCUAUUGAACUUGAUAAACAAGGUUUCAAUGUUUUUGCUGGUGUCUUCCUUCCUGACAAUGUAGCGUUUCUUAGAGAAAAACUUUCAUCAAAAGCUACAGUUUUUCGUCUUGAUAUUACUAAACAAGAAGAUAUUGAUGGUGCAUUUGAAUUAGUAAACAAGAAAACAAAAGUUCUUCAUGGACUUGUUAAUAAUGCUGGAAUUGCUGUUAUUGGUCAUAUUGAUUGGACAUCAAUGGAAGAUAUGCGUAAAGUUAUGGAUGUAAAUUACUUUGGACAUGUUGCAAUGACAAAGAAGUUUUUACCUUUACUCAUUGCUAAACGUGAUUCUCGUGUUGCUAACAUUUGUUCUAUAGCCGGUUAUCUCUCAUUAUCAGGUGCAUCUGCUUAUUGUGCAUCAAAAUAUGCCUUUGAAUCAUUUUCGGAUUGUCUUCGACGUGAAAUGGCACCAUGGGGUUUACAUGUUAGUAUUAUUGAACCCGGUGCAAUGCAAACACCUAUUCUUCAAUCUGGUCCUCAAACAUUUUCAGAAUUUUACAGUAUGGUUUCCAGUGAUGCUCAAGAACGAUGGGGAAAAGAUUUUCUUAAAGGACAUUAUGAUAAAUCAGCGACGAAUGUCUUCGCUAAGUAUGCUGAAGAUCCUAUGAAAGUCAUUCGAGCUCUUCAACAUGCUGUUAUGAAUACUGUUCCUCGUAUUCGUUAUCGACCUGGAUGGCAAUCAAGUCUUGUUUUCUAUCCGAUUUCGAAUUUACCUACUUGUAUUGUUGAUUGGCUAUUGAGCAACUUAGAUAACUUAUAUCAACGUUUUUUUCCGACACCAAAUAUCAAUCCUAAUGAUAAAUAUGUUCUUAUUAGUGGUUGUGAUAGUGAAUUUGGUCAUGGAUUAGCUAUUGAACUUGAUAAACAAGGUUUUAACGUUCUUGCUGAUGUCUUCCUUCCUGACAAUGUAGCGUUUCUUAGAGAAAAACUUUCAUCAAAAGCUACAGUUUUUCGUCUUGAUAUUACUAAACAACUAGAUAUUGAUGGUGCAUUUGAAUUAGUCAAUAAGGAAACAAAAGUUCUUCAUGCACUGGUUAAUAAUGCAGGGAUAGCUAUUUUGGGUAAUAUUGAUUGGGCAUCAAUGGAAGAUAUGCGUAAAGUUAUGGAUGUGAACUAUUUUGGACAUGUUGCAAUGACAAAAAAGUUUUUACCUUUACUUAUUGCUAAACGUGAUUCUCGUGUUGUUAAUAUUUGUUCAGUAGCUAGUUAUCUUGCAUCAGCAAGUAUGUCUGCUUAUUGUGCAUUGAAAUAUGCUGAAGAUCCUAUGAAAGUUGUUCGAGCUCUUCAACAUGCUGUUAUGAAUACAGUUCCUCGUAUUCGUUAUCGACCUGGAUGGCAAUCAAGUCUUGGUUUCUUUCCAGAAUCUCAUUUACCAGCCUGGGUUGUUGAUUGGCUUUUGAGCAAUCUAGAUAAAUCAUUUCAUGUUCCUGCAUUUUUUUCUCAACAACUUAAAGACUAA